CAAACUUUUAUCCCUUCCAAGUUAUAACUCACCUUAACCCAAUCAACACUCCUUCACAUUAAUUAGCCCCAAAACCAUCACCCCUUCAAAUUAGGUACAUAAAAAAUAAAUUAAAUUAGUAAAUAAUUUCCUCAUAAUAAGACCAUACCAUAACAAAAUCCAUUUCAUUUGACAAACAACAACAUAGAAAACCAAAACCCCCAAAAUUCAACCCAAAUUAAUCCCUAGAAAUCAAUCGAAAAAACCCCAAAAAAAUAAAAAAUGGCAAGUAAUCAACAAAACCCAUUUUCAGAUCAACAAAAUCAAUCAUACCCAGAAAUGCCACCAAUUCGUGUAAAACCACCAGCAUCAACAACAUCAUCUUCGCCAAGAGUGACUGUUUCAACCCCAACAGCCACCGCAACUGGCGCCGCCGCCGAGACUCCGACGGCUGGUGCGGCGAGGAAGAUUGCGAUUGCUGUGGAUCUGAGCGACGAAAGUGCUUUUGCUGUUAAAUGGGCUGUUGACCAUUACCUUCGUCCUGGUGAUGCUGUUGUUCUUCUUCAUGUUCGUCCUACUUCUGUACUUUAUGGCGCUGAUUGGGGUUGCGUCGAUUUUUCUGCUUCUGAUAAUGCUGAGGGUAAUGAUAAUGAAGAGUCCCAUCAGAAGCUUGAAGAUGAUUUCGACGCUUUUACUAGUUCUAAGGCUGCUGAUCUUGCUCAACCCCUUAUUCAAGCUCAGGUGCCAUACAAAAUUCAUAUUGUUAAAGACCAUGACAUGAAGGAAAGACUAUGUUUGGAGGUAGAGCGGUUGGGUUUCAAUGCUGUAAUAAUGGGAAGUCGUGGUUUUGGUGCAUCUAAAAGAGGAAGCAAUGGUAGGCUUGGGAGUGUCAGUGAUUAUUGUGUGCGCCACUGUGUCUGUCCUGUAGUGGUUGUGCGUUAUCCUGAUGAAAAGGAAGGAAAUGAUGGAGAUGACGAAAUGGUUCCUGUGGCUGAGGCAGAAGAAGUAAGGGCAGUCGAAGAGGAUGAAGAGUACCAUGAUGCAUCAGAUGAACGCAAGGCAACAGCCUGAAGGUCCUGAGCCGAUACUGGGAUAUGGUGUGAUUAUUCAGUAGCAGAAAUUGCUUAGCUGGUAUUGGGAUCUAUCAACAUGAGCUGAAGCAUGUUGGCUUUUGUGUGGAGUCUUGGUGCCAUCUUCUUUUACUUUCCUGGAUUUUUCAACCUUCUGAAUUGUUUUCUUUCUUUCCUUUUUUUUUGUUUUUUAAAUGUGUAUUUAUUAACUGUAAAUUUCUGGUUUAGCUGUUUUAGAACCUGCCUUGCUCCUUGUAUAACAUUAUGCUGCUGCCUUAAUGCUGAUAAAAGAAUAGGCUAUCUUUGAGAUCUGAAAUUGCUUUGGCAUUGUGGAUACUUUUCAUUUCAUUUAUGCUUUUAUAUGGCACCAUUUGUUGGAUUAA